AUGCCUCAUGAACUUGCCCGAGCCCCUUCGCAGGGAAGCGCGGUGUCGCAAACAACCCAGAUGGCUCCACAGAGUCGUCCGGGCACAGCCGAUACUCUGCGAGCGCGUUCAGAGACCGUCCUCUCUAGAAACAGUCGUCGUCCUCGUUCUAGAGGAUCUACAGCCAGUAUUCAUUCUAGCACCACCCAACAAACCCAGGACCAGCACAUCGGCGACUUUCCUCAGUUCAUGUCCUCCCAGAUUCCAGGGGGACAACAUGUCUUUGGGAACAACCCUGAAGACAUCAUCAUGCGCUUCGGACACCACCUGUCGCAUCAGUCGAAUGGCGCGCCGCUCGACCACAGUAUGCAGGAGGUGAUCAACCGCCCGGAUGAUUUUCCAAAUCAUGCGAUGCACGGCCACAGUCUACCUCCCGACAUGCCCAAUGGUCUAUCCAAUGUUUCGCAGUACGCAUCUAUGUAUGACAGUGGUGUGGAGAACCAUCUGCCGGAUCAUGUUUUGGACGACCACGAUACAUCAGAAGCGGGCCCAAAGAAGAAGAGAGGCUCCAGCUCGACUCUGGCGAACGACAACGAGUUACGGAAAUUGCUUCGCCAAUACGAAGGAUAUACCAUGAAGCAGAUGGCAACCGAAGUUAUGAAGCACGAAGGUGGUGGUGGCAAGGCUGAAAAGGUGAAGCAGGUUUUUGCCAUGAUCUGGUUGCGAGAGAACUGCCGGAAAAGCACCAGCUCUGUGCGGCGUGAUCGGGUGUACUGCUGUUACGCAGAGCGAUGCGGGACAGAGCGAGUCUCGGUCCUGAAUCCCGCAUCGUUUGGCAAACUGGUUCGAAUUAUCUUCCCCAAUGUCCAGACUCGACGCCUUGGCGUUCGGGGCGAAUCAAAGUAUCACUACGUGGACUUGUCGGUCAUUGAGGAAAAGCAGCAGAAGCCUUCACCACUCAAUUCCCAGGCUGCCUCGAAUCCGAACAUGUCUGCCAGUCUUCCAGAGAGCAGACCAGCUAGCGCGAUGCGCGUUGGGAGGUACGAUGGCACUCAUUCCGAUGAGCGUGCCCCUGCUGACGGCCGUUUUAGCGUGAGCAUUCCCCAGCCCACUACGGACACGGCCGUGUUCCCUUCACCUACGACAUCUUUUGCACCGAGACUUUCAGCCAAUACCUCUACUGCGGGCUGUACCUGUCAAUCUCACCACCCUUCGUCUGGAUCGGAUGCCACCAUCACCGGCGAGAACGUGGCGCAACAGGCCGGAAAGAUGAUCCAUCAGAUGCUACAAUUUCCGAUAGACGAAAUCCCUUCGUCGGUUGACAACGACUCUCUGCAACUCCCUGACAUUCAAGGGUACUUGCCCGCAAAUACAGAUUUGAAGGUGGCUGCCGCCCUUGCAGCCCUCUAUCGAUCACACUGCAUUUCGGUGAUCGACAGCUUCCGGUACUGCAAGGAGCGCAACCUUCUGAAAUAUUUCUCCGCAUUUCAUGGCACUUUGACCGUCCCGGUCCAAAAGCUGCUGACACACCCAAAUCUCGCACCCUGGAUUAAGGAGUGUGACUGGCUGAUGUACCAGAAGAUGAUUGCCUUUGUUGCACCCCUCACGACCCAGGUGGUCCCGAAGGUGGUCCUUGAUGCCUUUGGCUCUAUUUCACAGCGACUUUGCGGCCACAUUGCCGAGACUUUCAAGACACAACCAUUGCACGUCUCGCUAGCGCGAUUGAUUCCGGCACACAUCUUUUGCAAUCUUCUCAAGCACAUGCUGGACGUGAACCAGGCUGCUAAUGCCGCCGCGGCCUGGCUCUGCCAUCCAGACAACCGGAACCAAAUGUGGUUCGACUUCAAGACGCUCGUUGACCCCAAGGAUAUGCUCACCAAGGCCAACAUCCCGACUUGCGCCGAGCGGGCAACCGAGCAGAUUCUAAAGCAUGAUCUGCGGGCCCUGCUCACUCCUUUGAGUGAUCCGGAUACCUCAGCAGGCUUGCCCUUUUUCCACAAACCUGACAUGGAAGAAGACCUGGCUGCCCACAAAUUCCCCGUGGAAAGCGCUGUAGGAGACGAAUACAACUUCCCGGAUAAAUGGGUGUCGUUUAUCUUAAAUCUGCCCGCGAUCUUCAGCCAUCACCAGACGCAGUGCAUCAUUGAAAAGGUGGAUGCUCUUUGGGACAACAUUCUUCAUCGAUUGACUCUGGGCGGUGCGGCCAGCUUCAGUGCCUGGUGGAUGACCAAGGUGUUCUUCCAUGAGAUGAUGCUUUGGCAAGCGGAGAAGGGUGGCUUCAUGCGAAACAGUCCUGGAUCGUUACAAAACGCAACCUUCGGCCCGCAGCAGACCGGGCUGGGCAACUUCCAUGCCCAGCAAAGUUUCUCGCCCGACCAAAAGAACUUGUUCAUGACAUCUGAGGCGCCCAGCGACUCGCAGCCCCCACCAAGUGCCAACUCGCAGUCUGACCCAAACGGUGCGCAGGACAGAAACGUGGGGCGUCGAUUAACUGAAGACUCCGAUGCGAAGAAUGCGGCCAACGAGAAGCACGUAUCUCUCACGGAGCAUGGUUUCCAAGCACCGAACAACGACGAUAGCGCCAUCGACUUGGAGGAUGACCCCAUCCUGAUGGCCGUCGGUAAAUACGGGGACAUGAUGGCCUCCGACCCAGCGGACGCUGAGGGUGACGUGGUUGUCAUCUAA